AUGGAAGAAGAGAAAUAUUUGCCUGAGCUGAUGGCAGAGAAAGAUAGCCUGGAUCCAUCUUUUGUGCAUGCAUCGCGCCUUUUGGCGGAAGAAAUUGAAAAAUUUCAAGGUUCUGAUGGAAAAAAGGAAGACGAAGAAAAGAAAUAUCUUGAUGUCAUCAGCAACAAAAAUAUAAAGCUUUCAGAAAGAGUAUUGAUUCCUGUCAAACAAUAUCCAAAGUUCAAUUUUGUGGGGAAAUUGCUUGGACCAAGAGGAAACUCUUUGAAGAGGCUACAGGAAGAAACAGGUGCUAAAAUGUCUAUCCUGGGCAAAGGAUCAAUGAGAGAUAAAGCAAAGGAAGAAGAACUAAGGAAAAGUGGGGAAGCCAAAUAUGCUCACUUGAGUGAUGAACUUCACGUAUUAAUUGAAGUGUUUGCUCCACCUGGGGAAGCUUAUUCACGUAUGAGUCAUGCGUUGGAAGAGAUUAAAAAAUUCCUGGUUCCUGACUACAAUGAUGAAAUUCGUCAGGAACAACUACGUGAAUUAUCUUACUUAAAUGGCUCAGAGGACUCUGGUCGUGGCAGAGGUAUUAGAGGCAGAGGGAUCAGAGUAGCUCCCACAGCUCCUUCAAGGGGCCGUGGGGGUGCCAUUCCUCCUCCCCCACCACCUGGACGAGGUGUUCUCACCCCCCGAGGGACUACUGUGACUCGUGGAGCUCUUCCAGUGCCCCCUGUAGCAAGAGGGGUCCCUACCCCUCGAGCCCGGGGGGCACCAGCAGUGCCAGGAUACAGGGCGCCCCCUCCUCCAGCUCAUGAGGCUUAUGAAGAAUAUGGGUAUGAUGAUGGCUACGGGGGUGAAUAUGAUGACCAGACCUAUGAGGCUUAUGAUAACACCUAUGCGACCCAGACUCAAAGUGUGCCUGAAUAUUAUGACUACGGUCAUGGAGUAAGUGAGGAUGCCUAUGACAGCUACGCACCAGAAGAAUGGGCCACAACCCGCUCCAGCUUGAAGGCACCCCCGCCAAGGUCAGCCAGAGGGGGAUACAGGGAGCAUCCCUAUGGUAGAUAUUGA